AUGCCCUAUGACGAUGAAGAUUAUUUCCUCCCCUUGGAGGAUCAGCGCGUCUUCGGUGCUGGAAUCAAAAGAAAGCGAGUGCCAUUCGUCCCAUCCAGCGAAACGCGCCUCGCCACGACAGAUGGCCAUCCACUCUCCGCACCCGCAACUACAUCUUCCACGCCAGGCCCCGAAGCCGCUGUCUCAGAGCCAACACCACCUUCAAUAGGUGAUAAGUACCUCUCCAUAGUCCUAUCUAAGUCCGCAAACCCCUCCCCGUCCCCCGCCUCAACCUCCGCGACCACCAUCGACGCCGCCAAGCAAGCAGAUUCUUCGCCCGAAGAGAGACUCCAAGAAGACACUGCACUUGUAACAUGCGACAUUUGCAACCUGCCUCUAUCACAACCGCCUCCCAGCUCCUCAGAUGCGCAAUACCCGCCUCAUCCACAUGAAUCCUCCCUCGUCCAUCAGGCCAGCCUUCCACACUCCCAUCCACCCUCCGCUGUUGACCGUACGCGCCGUGGAUACAAAUACCUCGCUUCCUACGGCUGGAACCCGGACUCUCGAACUGGUCUGGGCCCAACAGGUGGCGGUAUCCGGGUGCCAAUUCUCCCACAGGUGAAGCAUGAUACGGCGGGCCUGGGUUUGGACGUCAAGAGAAUGAGCGAUGCGGAGAAGAAGGAGAGGGAGAGGCAGAGAGCGGCUGCGAAAUUGAAUGCGAAGCAGGUCCGGAACAGAGAAGAGGAAGGGAAGAAGAAAGCAGAGAGACUAAGAGAGAUGUUCUAUGGAUCAGAGGACCUGGAGAAGUACUUAGGUAGAGGUUGA